AUGGAUAAAAUCUUCGCUGUUGAUAUCGGGAAACACAUCGAGGUUUACAUCGAUGAUCUGGUGAUCAAGAGUCCAGAAGAGGACCAAAUGCUGAAGGAUAUUGAGAAAACGUUCAACUCGUUGAGAAAUGUGAACAUGAAACUGAAUCCUGCCAAAUGUUCCUUUGGUAUGGAAGAAGGGAAGUUUUUAGGCUUCAUAGUCACAAAUGGCGGCUUCAAAGUAAACCCAGAGAAAGUUCAAGCAAUAGAGCGAAUGCCAUCGCCAAAAACAAUCAAGGAGAUGCAGCGAUUAGCCGGCCGCUUGGCCGCGCUCAACCGAUUCCUAUUGAAUCACGCCGCAAAGUCAUACCCUUUUAUCAGCACCUUGCGCAAUUACGUAAAGAAACAAGAGUUCAAGUGGACGCCUGAGGCAGAAGCGGCGUUCCAGCAGAUGAAAGAAUGCUUGAUCAAACUCCCUACACUGACCGCGCCGUACGAAAAGGAACCACUCAUACUAUACUUGUCUUCUUCGGAAAAGGCAGUAGGGUCGGUACUCAUGGUAGAAAGAAACGGGGUGCAAACCCCAAUUUAUUAUGUCAGUAGGGUGCUUACCGACCCAGAAACAAGGUAUUCAAUAAUGGAGAAGUUGGUACUGGCGCUGCUUCACGCUUCUAGAAGUCUGUGCAGGUACUUUACAGGGCACGUAAUCACAGUACUUACCAACUUUCACAUCGGCACAAUAUUGCAAAAACCAGAGACGUCUGGGCGAUUAGCAAAAUGGGCAAUAGAGUUGGGGGGCCACAACAUCUUGUACAGGCCGCGCCCAGCGAUCAAGGGGCAAGUCCUUGCAGACUUCGUCACUGAAGUUCCAGUGGAAAAAAUCAAAGAUUGCGAGAUCGUUGAGACUCCCGCGAAAGAUACAUCUGACGGAAUUUGGUUGUUGUACACUGAUGGGGCAUCAAACGAGGACGGCGGAGGAGCAGGAUUGCGACUCGUGAGCCCCGAGAAGCAUGAAUUUACGUACGCCAUCAAGUUGGACUUCAAGAACACCAACAAUGAGGCAGAAUAUGAGGCAUUUCUGGCAGGCCUGCGCCUCGCCAUAAAGAUGGGAGCGCAAAAUCUACAAGCACAUGUCGAUUCACUCCUGAUUGCUAGUCAAAUCAAUGGAGUUUACGAUGCAAAGGGCGAGGUCAUGGCCCUAUAUUUAGAACAAGCGAAAGAGUUACUUCACCGCUUCAAGACAUACAAGGUGGUUCACAUCAAUCGCUCUGAAAACAAACCAACAGACGCUUUGAGCAAGCUCGCUUCAACCUCCUUUCAACAUCUAGCCAAAGAUGUAAGGAUUGAAGUACUCAAGAAUCCAUCAGUCCUAUUACGCCAAGUAAAUGUGAUCGAAGUAGGGCAGCCAUCCUGGAUGACCCCUAUAAUUCAAUAUCUACAAGACGGGAUACUCCCGGAAAGCAAAGCGGAGGCGAGGAAGAUUCAAAACAAGGCCCUGCACUAUGAAAUGAACAAUGGUAUUUUGUACCGAAAAUCUUUCCUAGGGCCCCUGUUGCGAUGCGUAGACCCCCAAGACGCAAAUUAUUUGAUCAGAGAGAUCCACGAAGGGAUCUGUGGCAUCCAUGCAGGACCGCGCAUGGUUGUCGCAAAAAUUAUGAAUGCUGGUUAUUACUGGCCAGGGAUGGAUGUCGAUGCCCUAAGGGAGCUGCGCAAAUGUGACUCAUGUCAGAGACACUCCCUGAAGACCCUGCGCCCGAAGAAUGAUCUUAUCCCUGUAUCCACUGCUUGGCCCUUCCAGCAGUGGGGAAUCGAUAUGGUGGGACCUUUCCCCGAUGCUCCUGGAGCUGUAAAGUUCAUAAUCGUGGCCGUCGAUUAUUUUACUAAGUGGGUGGAGGCCAAAGCUCUCGUGUCAACCACUGCAAUGAUCGUGCGCAAGUUUAUUUGGGAACACAUCAUUUGCAGAUUUGGUCUCCCACUCAAAAUUGUCACAGACAAUGGCACCAAUUUUGCUUCAGAGGAUCCUUAA